AUGGCUACCGACCGGGCCGCGCGACGCGCAUGGUCGUCUGCCCAACCGGUCCCCGCCCUCAGUUGCCAUUCCGCCCGAGCAGAGCUGGCCCGGCUUGGCGUGGCCCAGCCUCGGCAUCCAGCUGGGCAUCCAGCUGGACAUCCAGCGGUGGGCGCCCUCCCAUGCGCUGCAUCCUUCCUUGCCUCUCCAGACCUGCCCAGACCCCGCAUCCCUCGUGCACGUAUUUCGCCUCCCCAGAGGGUCCGCCUGUUGCCAGGCGUGAUACAUCCCUCCACGUCCCGGUCGGCACUGUCAAGUCGGCAACACCAAAACACUCUCGCUCCAACAGACCCUGCCGUCGCUGCCCCCAGCUCGCCUAAUCCUUCCGGGGUGACGCUCCAGCCAGAAGACGCCGCCUGCCCCUCCUGGGGCCCUUCAAGCUGCGAGUCGCGCCUGUUUCCGGCCCGCCCUCACCACGCACGAACGAUUUUCGCUUUAGACUGUGGCUCGACACCAGCCCUCCUUGGUCAGGCCUCGACCACGCCAGCCGCCCUUCACUCCACUCACUCCAGCCCCCUUCAUCCACCCCCCAAGCUUCUUCGGCCCGCCACCAUCAUUCAUAACCCAGCCUGCUUCGAGGCCAGUCUUACCCGCAGGACACCUCGCGCCCUGCUCGAAUAG